AUGACGCUAAUUCCUCCAGGUGAUGCUGGCUCAUCGUUAAGGAUUGAGUGUGGCCCAGCGCCGCUAUGCCUUGAUGACUGGAUACUAGAUCUAUCAGUCUACAGCUACAGUGCUAGGCUGGAGGCAUCCAGUGGGUCUGAUCUGACCGUGUUGUCUGGAACUGUCUUCAAUGACAUCCUCCUGUGGCGUGUGGUGACUGACAGGAGAGAAGAUGUUGUUACGACCUCCUCAGCAGGUGCUCAUGGCUCUGAAACUGAGAGGCAGAGGAUCUGUCUGACUCUCAGUGGACAUGAGGGUGUGAUAUUCUCUGUCGGGAUUGGUGAGUGUGGAUCACGCCUAGUCUCUGUGUCUGACGACAGAACUGUUCGCGUCUGGGACCUGCCUACGGACUGGAAGUCAAUGGAAAGGGGUGAGAUGAAGUCAUGUUCGCUGGUGUUGCACGGACACACUGCUCGAGUGUGGGGCGGUCGAUGUCUCCGCGAUGGCGGUGUCAUCAGUAUCGGAGAAGACGCCACGUGCAGAGUGUGGGACGGACAGGGCCGGUGUGUGAAGGUAGUGGAGGGACACAGAGGUAGGAGCAUCUGGAGCAUGGCCGUGGACGAACACUCUGGCGUUGUAGCAACAGGUGGCGGGGAUUGCAGCAUAAGACUCUUUGGACUCGAGACACACAGCAAUGACUGUUCUUGGUCAGUUGAUACCACACUGCCAGCAAGUGAGCCUGCAGUAGAAGAGACCCCGAGAUUAGUAGAGCUCCGUGGCAGGACUGUACUCUGCCUCUCUAGCACCGUGUUUGUGUUUCGUAACCCCAAACUCCUGGUGGCUCUGGGAAGUCUCCAGGGAUGUGUUGCCCUACUCCACCUGGGAAAGCAACCAGAGACAUUGGGUGUCGAGCAUCUCCUCCAGUGGAGUGCUCACCAGGGGAAGGUGUUCUCUCUCACUUGGCUCGACUCAUUUAAAGGUUAUUCCAACACUCUGCUGUCAUGUGGACCCAGUGGGGAGAUGGUUGUCUGGGGAGUACCUGAAGCCAGUGAUCUAGCAUCAGAAGUUGCCAUUCCUCUGACUCACCUGAGACUGCCACUCUCUAAACACCGCUGGGUGACAGCUGCCACGAUCAUAUCCUCACCAGAGUCCCUGAGCCUUCAAACUAGCUCUGGUAUUUCCGCUGCAAAUGAUGAUGAAAGUUGCUGCCAGCAAACUGAGUCUUGUUUCCUGGUCUGUGGAGACAGAAAGGGUUCUCUACAUGUCUUCCAAACCAGUCCCUCAAAAGAAUGGUUGGAGCCACUGCAGUCGCUGCGCGGUGUCCACGGGGCCAACGGAGUGACACACAUCUCUCUGUGGAGAGGAUUCGUCACCAGCUGUGGCAGAGAUGGCCACUCCAGGACCUUCUCCCUUCAUCCACACACUGGCAGCUUGACAGAACUCUCCAGCUACAGGCCUGUGAAAGGGAUGGAUUGGGUGGAGCGGCAGUUCAACUCUGAGUGUCACCACCUCGUUCUUGGCUUUCAUUCCACAGAUAUGGUGCUGUACAGUGUGAUGGAGAACAGGCAGCUGAUGAGUGUUAGCUGUGGAGGAGGCCACAGGUCCUACGGCUGCACUCCCCUGUCUCAGUUGCUGCAAACCAAGCAAGCUGUGGUGGUCUUCAUCAAGAAGUUGGUUGUGUCGAUUAGAGUGGUGGACCUGACAUUGCAGCUCACAGCUCCUGUUCUACAGGCAAGUAAAGGUUUUGUUGGAAGAGAGGCUGUAUCGCUACAGAUGGUCUUCUCUGACCCAGUCACUGGUUGUGGACUGGUGGCAGUAGGAAGCGAGGACUGCAGUGUGUGUCUGCUGAGCCUCCAGCCAUCCUCUGACGAUGGCUCGCUGGACGUGAGCGAGAGGAGGUUCUUACAGGGCCACAUCUCCACAGUCAGAGCACUGAGCACCUCACCAAGUGUACGGAGGUCUCACACACUGCUGUUCUCUGGAGGGGCCAGGGCCAGCCUCAAGGUCUGGAAGAUUAGAGUUGGUGAGGUGAGCGGAGGAGAUGAACUUGGAGUUCAUCUGGAGGCUGAACUAUCAAUCCACGAUGACAUGGACAGUCACCAGAAGAGGAAGGGCAAGAGGAGAAGGAGAGGGAGGGGCCCUGGGGCAGAGAGCCUGGUCCCAGAAUCCAGGAUCAUGGCCCUCACCUCUCUCCCUCUGUCUCCAGUGGUGGACGGGGCUCCUGGAUGGCACUAUGUGGCUGCAGGAUGCUCCGAUGGUAUUAUCAGACACUACAUCUACACCGAGGAGACACGGAGCUUCAGUUCCCUGGGAGAUCUGGAGUACCACAAUCGGUGCAUACUGACUGUGAGCCAUCUGGUCCUACCCACCCAUCGGGUGACAGCUACUGAGUCGACUCUAUGUCUGCUCUCGGCUGCCACUGAUGGUAGAGUGGCAGUGUGGACUCCACUGGUGCCAGAAGACUCUAGUUCUGGACCUACAUCGAGUGCUAGUCAUUCAGGAUCAGAAGAAACUGCGGAAAAAUGCAUCCACCCUCUGACUGUAUGCCAGGCUCAUCAAUCUGGUGUCAAUGACUUGUCAAUCAGAAAAGUGAGUGAUGGGUUCUACCUCGUUGCCACUGUGGGAGAUGAUAAUGCACUGGCAGUACUGGGUCUCUCUAUUUCUGGUGAUAGUCUCCACUCUGUAAGGCUGGAGGUUCUUGCUAUUGAGAGCACUGCCCCAUGCCUCCAGCAUCACUGGUGUUUCGUUUCUAGGCAAUGGACUAGUGGUGACAUCGUCCAUAGACCAGAGACUGUGUGUGUGGGGAGUUGGAUUGUCCAGCUCAGCUGGCUUCACAGAGAAGGAGAUUUUAGAAAGCGUCAGGUCGUCAGAGGGAAGGAGUGUGACAGUCAUAAUCUGCAGAGUGCCACAUUGUCACUGGUUCACAGCCAAACUCAUGACAUUGCUGAUACUUCUUCUCUCACCCUCUAUCAAUGGCGGGAGGGAGGACACAUCGUAGUUGUAUGUGGAAUUGGACUGCAGUCCUUUGUGAUAAGAGCACAACCAUCGUAGAGAAAAAGUAAUGUCAUUAGUAUGAUUUGCAGAAUGACAAAAUGCUCAGAUAAUACUGAAACCACCUGUAGCUAUCCAAUUUAAUACAACUCUGGACGGCUUUCAGCAAAAAAUUGAAUUGUUAACAAACAGGACUGCAUUCAUAUUGGUGAUAACAAAUAUA